UGCGAAAAUUACUAGGUGAAGUGUUUUGGAUUCCACCCGCAAAUUCGACUGUACUUCCAAGGAUCCCAUUUCUGUCUUCUGCAAUUAGGGCGUCGUGGUUCGCCCUAAUCCCUCAGGGUACCUUAUUUUUUCUUCUCUCCUAAAUUCUCAAUUUCCCUUUGCAUUUUCUUCUACUCUUACUACUCAAAGCUAGCCACCAGUAGAAAUUUGGCAAUUAGUCGGAUAUUUUUCGUGACCUCUUCCCGCCGUGAAUUUUCAUUCUCACAAGUCCUAAACCCUCUCACUUUUUGCCCUAAACCCUUACCGCAUCUUUCUCCAAACGGCGACGUCUUGCCUCAAACGCUCUCAGUUUCAUCCUCUCCAAACCGUGGUCGAACCAUCUCCAAACUCCUUAUCGAUUGCCCUCGGCAUCGUCCUCGCGGCCCUCCGCUGACAGCCUCUUUGCCCUCCCCCGACGGUCAUAUCAUCUUGUACACCUCGUGGCCUUGUCAUCCUCACUGUCGGUUCAUCGCCGCCCUUGCCCGCCUCAAAUCGACCUGUUUGUGUUGUUGAAAGUCUAUUAUGGCAGCGCCAUGGCGGAAAUUGGUGGCGGAUUUCCAGCUUGCCACCACAACAUGGAAGUGGUGAUGCAGGUUUCUCAUGGUGGCCCAUGGUUCAUGGCGACCGGUUUUUGCAUCACGGAAUGCCAAGGUGGAAGGGAAAGGGCGAAAAGGUGGCUAGGCACGUGGUUCCCAUCUGAAAAUGGAGGAGGCAGAUGUGCAGCGGCACAUGUGAGAAGAACUAUUCUGCAACAGCAUGAGAGAAACCCAGUGGUGCACAAGAUAAACCCUAAAGUGCAACAGCCCAUGAUAGAAACCUAUUGGGCUAUUGCUUCAUACACCCCAUCAAUUUCCACCUGCACCUCUUGUUAUUCAUCACAACAACCUCUUGUUCUUUGUUAUUCAAUCCUGUGGCGACUUGCCACUGCUGGGGCUACUACUUGCCACUGUUGGCUACCGAUGACAAUGCGUUCACCACUACUAGCGAUCCCGCUCUAGCUGCUACUAGCACUAUUAUAUUUUGUUUUUUUUUAAUUAUCAAUAUGAAUAUAUCAUAGUUCUUUUGACUGCAAUGUUUCCGCCAUAACCCUGGUUUCCAUUAUAAUUUCAUAAAGGAAUUUUAGGUCUCUGAUAUUUUCUGUUAUCUGAUAUCGAUAACACUGGUUCUUAGAACCCAAUCUUAUUUUUUGUAUUCCAAUAGAAUUCCUUAUUCUUUGUAUUCCAAUAGAAUUCCUUAUUCUUGUUAUGUCUCAUGUUAGGACUUGGAAAGUAUAUGAAAGGAGAAAGAGAGUAGAAAAAUAAGGGAGAGUACCUAACUGCUGAGUAGUAAAAUGGGGCGGGAAAGGUGUCUAUAUAAGAGACCUCUUUUGUAGUUUCAGGGAGUUAGUGACUAUAUUCAUUGUACAGACCGGUUGUAAACCUGGUGAGGAAGGUUAAGCUCCCAGAUUCUUGAUUAUAUUCUUUGUUCAUUGGUUGUGAAUACAAUACGUUUCUUUUUACUCAUUCUUGUUUUGCGAUUCUUGGAGCUUACUGGUGAGAGAGUGUUAGGUCUCUAACUCAGAUACCUAACAUCUCAUGUGUUUCUAUCUUCACCCCCAUGUCUCCAAGUCCUCCAAACCACAAUAUUCCACCCUUCAAUCCCACUCUCUUUCAGCCUAAAUUUUGCAAGUGGGCUGUACACAAUCACAUUUGCACACAAUAAUUGUGCAGCUUGCUCUGGUGCCAUUGUAGUGAUGUUCCUUUCAAAAUAAUGAUUAAAAUUGGACAUUCCCAAUUCAUGAGUGCAGUACCUGAGAAUAAUUUUCCAUCAAGUUGUAAUCUUGCAUCAGUAAUUUAGAAAAGAAUAUUAGGUCCUAUGGGGAUAUGAUUAAUAUGUAGUUCUUUUUGCAGAUUUAAACUGAUGUAUGUUACGUAAAUGUCUACAAAACUUGCAAUCUCUAUUAUUUUUUAUUGAUGUACUAUAGAUAAUUAAAUUUGCAAACAGGUCCACUAGAGAUUUUUAUCAUAUUAAUUGUUAUGUUAUAUCUAAUGAAUUUUAAUCUGAAAAUUAGGUGGGUACAUAAAGGAAUCUUAUACUUACAACUAGUAUUUGCUAUUUAGAGAUUGAUUGGUGGUUGAUUAUUUAGUGCAAUGUUUUUAUGAAGUUUUAAUCUUUUUUGCCAUAGCAGAGAAAAGGGUUUGUUUGGAUAUGGGUGGUGACGAGCACAUGAACAAGGAGCCAGAGCUGAGGGAUUCGCUUGAUAAGGAGAAGAAAUUGGAAGAUGGUUUGAAGUUGAAUGUGGUCACUGAGGAAGUGAGGGGAGGAGUGCUUGCUGAAAAUGGUUGUCUCUCUCUUGAAGAUGGGAGUCCCAAGAGAAGCACUGAGAUUGUUGGAACAUCUGUAUCAGGUGUUAAAAGGGCCCGGAUUAAUGUUGAUGAACGUCAACCGUCAGUUCAUUUUACGUAUACUUCCCUAACAAGGGGUAGUAGACAGAAGCUUCAGGAACUUUUACGACAAUGGUCAGAAUGGCAUGCCAAACAUGCUAUGUCAUCCAAUGAUGAAAGCGAAGUAUUGGAAUCUGGUGAGGAGACAUUUUUUCCUGCUCUCCAUGUUGGGCUUGAAAAGACAUCUGCGGUGUCAUUCUGGAUGGAGAACCAAACAAGAAAUGAUAAAAAUACGGAUUUCAUGCCUUUAGCUGACCAUUCUGUGCCUCUAUAUGACCGGGGAUAUACUUUGGGAUUGACUUCAACUGAUGGUUCAAGUAAUGUGGAUGGUGGUUUAGAGAUUAUUGAUGAUCCUGCUCGGUGUUUCAAUUGUGGUUCUUAUAACCACUCAUUGAGAGAGUGUCAGAGGCCCCGAGACAACACUGCUGUUAAUAAUGCUCGCAAACAACACAAGUCCCGACGGAAUCAGAAUUCUUCCUCCCGGAAUCCAACUCGUUAUUAUCAGAAUUCUCCUGCUGGAAAGUAUGAUGGUUUGAGGCCAGGUGUUCUGGAUGAUGCAACACGUCAACUUUUGGGCUUGGGGGAGCUUGAUCCACCUCCAUGGCUUAACAGAAUGCGAGAAAUAGGAUACCCACCUGGAUAUCUUGAUGUGGACAAAGAGGAUCAGCCUUCAGGCAUUAUGAUAUACACCGACAGGGAGAUUGCGGAUCAGGAGGAUGGGGAAAUUAUGGAAGUUGAAUCUGAUUCUUCAAAACCAAAGCGGAGAAUGACUGUCAAAUUUCCAGGAAUAAAUGCUCCCAUUCCAGAUAAUGCUGAUUUGAGAUUAUGGGGCUCUGGGAAUGAACCCUCAAGUUCAGAUAUUUCAAGAAACCUGUUGGCACCGCACAGAUCGAAUUAUAGUUCUGAUUAUGGUAGCCGAGGACAUCAUCGGGAGAAUAGAUUGGGUGGGGAUCUUACUGAUGAUGGUCCACCAGGGGACCCAGGUCAUAGUUCAUCCAAGUUUAGUUUUCAUCCUAGGUUUAGUGGCCAUGAGGGUACAAGAAGUCCUUCAUCGUCAAGAUCCCAAUCUGACUGGAAUAGAAGUCCUUUACAUGAUGAAGAACCCCCAAGGCCUUUUUCUUUCCAUUCUCUUCAUUAUUCUCCUUCAGAGAGAGAUUUUGGUAGACCAUGGAACUCGACCUAUGAAAGCAUAUAUGACAGGGACCGUGAUCUUUCUUCUCGACUUAAGGACAGGCCAGACGAACGCUACCAUCGCAGUUGGUGGUGAGGAUGACAUUAAUAGGAUCUCACCACAUUUCUGUUAUUCAGACGCUUACAUUAUUUUUACCUCACCCCAUUAGGAACUGCUGUUAUGGAAAGUUGGCAGAGUUAACCAUUUUUCUGCUAUAGCUGUAUUUGUACUCUCCUGUGUUAUUUAGUAAAUGUAUACUUUUUUAUUUAAUA